AUGGAUAAAAUUCAUGAAAAUAAAUUACAGCACUAUAAACGAAUUGAAGAUAUUAUUAAAAACUUCGAAGAAAGUCAAGCAAAAGAAAAUAAACGCAUGCAAGCUGUUCAUCUUAAAUCAAAAACUCAUAGUAAAAGUAUUGGCCCUGCAAAUGACUUACUUCGUUUUAUGUAUAUUCUCGAACAACAAUAUCAAGCGGAUGACGAUGAAACACGGAUGAAAGCUAGAGAAAAUGUGAUAGAAUAUAUUGAUCAAUUUCGACCAACGGAUGACGAUGAAAAUCUUGAAGAAGAGGAAGAAGAAGAAGAAGAAGAAGAAGAAGAAGAAAAUGAUCAUGAUGACGGUGAACAACCAAAUCCAGUGAGUGGUUUAUCACAACAACAAUCAAUAUUUCUUUCUAAUCCACAGCCACCUACUCCUUUGCCUUCGCCACCAAAAGUUGUAGCUUCUUUACUACAACCAGUUGUGCCUUCACCGUCGACAGUUGUAUCUCCUGUAGUAAUAUCGUCACCAAGCAAUCCAUCUCAAUUUCCACCGUCAAUACCAAUGAAUGAUCUUGGUGAUAUUAAACCAGACACAUUACUUACAUAUAAAAAAUUAUCAUCAGAAGCUCAACAAUAUGAAAUACGCUAUUCAAUAGUAGACCUUCCGCGUAAAAAACAAUUAGCAUCCUAUAUAAAAGGCAUUAUGAAUAAAUUACGUAAAGAAACGUUCGAGCUGUUAACAAACGAAUUAUUUCAAUUUUUAUAUGGACAAGAAAAAACUGUUAGUAAUCAAGCCAUUUGUAUAAAAACUGAAGAAGAACGCCUAUUAUGUCUAUCAAUAGUUGCAACACUUAUUCUUGCUCAAUUACUCGGUGGUGAUUUAAAUGAUAUAAAAACAGAAAUUUUUCUACCAUUAAUAUCUACGAUUAGUAAAGAUUCACGACACACAGAAUUUGGUACUAUUUUUCUUGGUCGUCUAUAUAAAAAAUGUCCAUAUACCGUACCAUAUUAUCCAAUACGACAGCCACAUAUGAAUGACAAACAAUAUUUAGAAGCAUUAGGUUAUAUUGAAAUACAAGAUGGUGAUCAACGUCGUUUAGAAACUGAAACGGAAUUUCUGGUUCGAAUGAAUGGACUUAUUCGUUUAUUUUGUAAAUUACUUAUAACUCGUGGUCCACCGUUUGAUAACAAAUUAGAAUUUGCAUGGAGAUGGUUUGCUGAUGUGUUAAAUUUGGCACCAAGACCAAAUAUAACAUCGAUUCUAAUACGUGUAUUUCUCGAAGAAGCUGCUGAAAUAAUGGUGAAAUCAUAUGCAAAUCAAUUCAUCAAAAUACUUGGAGUUAUUCGAGAGAAAUAUAUACCGCGAAUAGAAAAGGAAACAAGUAGUGAUCAAAUGACAAGACUACGGUUAAAAUUAGAUAAACUUCCAAAAUAA